GGGUGCCAUGCCUUCUUCCUUGCUGCUCUCUCCGAAAAAGACAGUUCCUCUUUAAUGCGCAGCUCACUCUCUUUCAGCUACUGGUUUUCUUUGGCAUCUCUACACACUAUAUCCCGGUAAAGGCGCAUGGCGAACUGUAUAAUUAUCACUCUUGGGCAGUCAUCAUCUCUUUUCUUUCCAACCUAUGAACAGAGUCUACAACAUCUGGAAGUUUCUGUACAAUCUUUGGAGAAACCUUUGCAAGGAUCUUGAUGACAAGAUCUUGCGUAUUAUUCUCCAUCUUAGCCAUUUUCUCUUACACCAUAUAGCCUAAGAUCCCAUCUCCUUUUGUAGUUCUGCAUUUACAUAUCUCCUUUAACUGCUUGAUUUCCUGCUGCAAACCAGAAACGUUUUUUUCAAGAUUCUCUAUCUUUGUGGGAUGUGGUCUGUAGUAACAACUUGCUUACAGUGGUAGAAAGAGCAGUGAUAGAUGUUAGCAUUUUUUGCAUGAUCUUUUCUAUGGACUCAACUUGUUGAAACGUGCCAUCACAUUUCGAUGUGAGUGCAGCCUCAAGGAGUGUUUCCAUUUUCUCAUCAAUAUUGGCAUUCAAUUUUCCUUUUCUUCCUGGAGGACUUUUGCACGGAUUACACAGAAGUGCUGCUGCAAGUGGUUCUUCCACUAGUACAACAUGGAUGCAAGAGAUAGUGCCUCUCAUAGCGAGUGAAGGAGAUUUCACUCCAGUGCUGACUGUGCCAAACUGGGACAGAUCACCGUGGCUGGAGGAACAUCGGGCAAUAUUGCUCAAUCUAGAGCAAAGACCUUCUCCUCGCAUCUUUGCAACUCACUAUCACCACCAAAUGAUGAAUGAGUCUUUUUUCAAAAUAAAACCGAGGGUUCUUUAUGUCUUGCGCAACCCAAAAGAUGUAUUCACAUCUUCAUUCUACUACUAUGGAAUGGCCUCAUACCUUGUGAACCCAGGGACCCAAGAUGAGUUCAUGGAAAAGUUCCUUGAUGGAAAAAUCAUGUUUGGUUCCUGGUUUGAUCAUGUGAAAGGCUGGUUAAAUGUUCAAGAUAAAGAACACACACUCUUCCUUUUCUAUGAGGAGAUGAUAUCUGAUUUGAAAGGAUCUGUGGAGAAAAUGGCCCAGUUUCUAGGAAAAUCUCUGAGCCGAGAAGUGACCGAAAAGAUUGUUGACCACUGUGUUUUUAAGAACAUGAAGCAAAACAAGAUGUCUAAUUACUCUCUCGUUCCAGAGGAGUACAUGGACCAAAAGAAGUCCGAAUUUCUGAGGAAAGGAGUGGUUGGUGAUUGGAAGAAUCUUUUCACUGAGGCACAAGAGCAGCGAUUUAAUGCUGUGUAUAAAGACAAAAUGAAAGAUGUGAAUUUCAAAUUUGUGUGGGACUGACAAAAUGCAUUUUCCUAAAACAACUGCAUAAUUCUAGAACAUUCUGUGGUGGAAAUAACAUUUUAAAAUGGAAUAAAAUGUGUA